GGAAAAGGAGAAAAUGGUGCAGCAGCCAACCGACCAGAUAAGUCAGGGUGUUAGAAGCCACUCCUCCUCAAAAAGCUGUACCGCCCAACAGUCUACCCCUUGGGCAGGUACAGAGGCAGACCGCAGCAGGAAAGGCAGGCUGGGCAAGAGAUUGGUAGAUGUGAAGAGAGUCUCUGCGGCCCCUGUCCACCACAGGGGGGCCAAAGGAGGCAGGGUACGCAGGACAAAAAAGAAAAAGAAAAGCACCAAGAGUAAGAAACCAGUCCCUGAGGACAUCCCAGAGCCAUCUCCCGACCCUGACUCAACCUCGGAUGAAGAAAGCGAGAUUCAAGUGAUGAGGGUGAGCAUUUGCUUCAAGAAUGGAGGGCAGAUCAUAUCCGGUAAUGCUAUGGAUCCUGGAGAGAAAAACAAAAAAGAGGAUGUCCAACCCAGGGGCAAUUUUCAUCAUAUGACUGGCUCUCUGCAGGUGGGUGCUCCCAAGAGCCGUGCCUUGGGCAUGGGAAAGCUGGGAGCCUCUUGUUCUAACAGAAAAGCAGCUGCGUCCAGAGGCAAGGAACCAAGCAGGCCCCGUUUCCCAGGAGCUGCUGCGGGUGGGCUUGUGAAAGCCAGUUCUAAGAAAAAGUCAGCCCAGGAGAAGAAAGCCAUACAGGAUGCCCCAAGAUUCACCGGGCGAAGACCUGUCCCACUGUGGGGACAGAGACCAAAGGCAGCUCCUGGGGAAACAGCCACCUUCCCUCCGAUAACCUGCGUCUCCACACUUGAGAGUUCUAAAAAGCACUGCGCAACAGCUCUGGAAGCCAUCGAGCCAGCACAUGGGACGUCCAGAAAGAGAGCAACAGCAAGGAAUACAAGGGAGGCCCUGCCAGCAGCCAGGGCAGACAGAGGCCUUGUGCGUAAAGAUACCGUGAAGAAUUUGGCAGCGAUGACCCCAACACCAGAGUCCUACAAAAUCAAGGAAAUUCCCCGUGCCCGACUUCCAACACGCAGGGCAGUGCGACCUUUUACAUGCAUGCAUCGUGGAGAAAUGAGCAGUGGAGACCCCAGCUUCAGAGCACCCCAAGUUUCAGCAAAUUCCCAGCUGGUAGCCCAGAAGCGGAGAGGCACCAGCGCCAGAACAGCUGCGCCCACUGGUCAUGGUAGUGGCUAUGGCCUGACUAGAACCGGCCCAUAG